ACUUUGUAACUUUUAAGUGGUGGGGACGCCGCCCCGCCCCGCCAGGUACGGACUGACCACUCCCCCGGGCGCGCGCCGCGCCGCCGCCGCAGGGAGAGAAGGCACAAUGACCAGCUCCCCAUUCCUGGAUCCCUGGCCAUCCAAGGCUGUGUCUAUCCGUGAGCGCCUGGGUUUUGCGGAGCGUCCCAAUGACUCCUAUUGCUACAACUCAGCCAAAAACAGCACCGUGCUUCAGGGAGUCACCUUUGGAGGCAUCCCCACUGUCCUGCUCCUAGAUGUCAGUUGCUUUCUGUUUUUAAUCCUGGUGUUUUCCAUCAUAAGGAGAAGAUUCUGGGAUUAUGGCCGCAUAGCCCUGGUAUCAGAAGCAGGCAGUGAGGCCAGGUUCCAGAGAUUGUCCUCUUCCUCCUCAGGGCAACAAGACUUUGAAAACGAGCUGGGAUGCUGCCCUUGGCUGACGGCCAUCUUCCGCCUGCAUGACGACCAGAUCCUGGAAUGGUGCGGAGAGGACGCCAUCCACUACCUGUCCUUUCAGAGGCACAUCAUCUUCCUGCUGGUGGUAAUCAGCUUCUUGUCCCUGUGUGUCAUCUUGCCUGUCAACCUCUCGGGAGACUUGCUGGAUAAGGACCCUUACAGCUUUGGGAGGACAACAAUAGCUAACCUGCAGACGGACAAUGACCUCCUCUGGCUGCACACUGUCUUCUCCGUCAUCUACCUCUUCCUCACCGUGGGCUUCAUGUGGCAUCACACUCGGUCCAUCAGAUACAAAGAGGAGAGUCUGGUGAGACAAACCUUGUUCAUCACAGGACUCCCCAAAGAAGCCAGAAAGGAGACUGUGGAGAGCCACUUCCGAGAUGCGUAUCCCACAUGUGAGGUGGUGGAUGUCCAGCUGUGCUACAGCGUGGCUAAGCUGAUCUACCUGUGCAAAGAGAGAAAGAAGACUGAGAAGAGCCUUACCUAUUACACAAACCUGCAGGUGAAGACAGGCCGACGGACCCUCAUCAACCCCAAGCCUUGCGGCCAGUUCUGCUGCUGCGAAGUUCAGGGCUGUGAGCGGGAAGAUGCUAUUUCUUACUACACUCGAAUGAAUGACAGCCUGCUGGAGAGGAUUACAGCCGAAGAGUGCCGGGUCCAGGACCAGCCCCUGGGAAUGGCCUUUGUCACCUUCCGUGAGAAAUCCAUGGCUACCUACAUACUCAAAGACUUCAAUGCCUGCAAGUGUCAGGGCCUCAGGUGUAAAGGGGAGCCCCAGCCAUCGUCCUAUAGCAGAGAGCUCUGCGUCUCCAAGUGGACGGUCACUUUUGCCUCCUAUCCUGAGGACAUCUGCUGGAAGAACCUCUCCAUCCAGGGCGUUCGCUGGUGGCUCCAGUGGCUGGGCAUCAACUUCUCUCUGUUUGUGGUGCUGUUUUUCCUGACCACGCCCUCUAUUAUUAUGUCUACCAUGGACAAGUUCAACGUCACCAAACCCAUCCACGCAUUGAAUAACCCUGUCAUCAGCCAGUUCUUCCCCACACUCCUGCUGUGGUCCUUCUCCGCGCUGCUUCCGUCCAUUGUCUACUACUCCACGCUGCUGGAGUCCCACUGGACGAGGUCAGGGGAAAACCGGAUCAUGGUGUCGAAGGUCUACAUAUUCUUGAUCUUCAUGGUGCUGAUCCUGCCCUCCCUUGGCCUCACCAGCUUGGAUUUCUUCUUCCGGUGGCUCUUUGACAAAACGUCCUCGGAAACCUCCAUCAGGCUGGAAUGUGUCUUCCUGCCAGACCAGGGGGCCUUCUUUGUGAACUACGUCAUCGCCUCAGCCUUCAUCGGCAGUGGCAUGGAGCUGUUGCGCCUGCCCGGCCUCAUCCUUUAUACCUUCCGCAUGAUCAUGGCCAAGACAGCCGCUGACCGCAGGAAUGUUAAGCAGAACCAGGCCUUUGAAUAUGAGUUUGGAGCCAUGUAUGCGUGGAUGCUGUGUGUCUUCACCGUCAUCAUGGCUUACAGCAUCACCUGCCCCAUUAUCGUGCCCUUUGGCCUCAUCUACAUCCUGCUUAAGCACAUGGUGGACCGGCAUAACCUCUACUUCGCUUACCUCCCGGCCAAGCUGGAGAAGAGGAUCCACUUUGCUGCUGUGAACCAGGCCUUGGCUGCUCCCAUCCUCUGCCUCUUCUGGCUCUUCUUUUUCUCCUUCCUCCGUCUCGGUCUGACAGCCCCGGCCACUCUCUUCACCUUCCUGGUGGUUCUGCUCACCAUCCUGGCCUGCCUGCUGUACACCUGCUUUGGAUGCUUCAAGCACCUCAGCCCUUGGAACUACAAGACAGAAGAAUCGGCUAGUGACAAAGGAAGCGAAGCCGAGGCCCAUGUGCCCCCGCCAUUCACACCCUAUGUGCCUCGGAUUCUGAACGGUUUGGCCUCAGAGAGGACCGCACUAUCCCCACAGCAGCAGCAGACCUACGGUGCCAUCCGUAACAUCAGCGGGACUCUUCCUGGGCAGCCUGUGGCUCAAGAUCCCAGUGACACUGAGGCUUAUGCCUACCAGGAAUCCUGAGAGUGGGCAAGCUGGUCCAGCAGGCUGGGAGCACCUAGGAAUACUGAGGAACACAAGGGGCUAGUGCCCCAGACAGGCUCUUGAGGGAUUUGCUGUUUAAAAUCCCUGUAUUGUGAGAAGAGGAAACCAGCGGGUCCUGGGGCUCUGGUCCUUGGCUGAGGGCAUCCGGUGGGACUGCUGUCCCUGGGAGCCAUCUGUAGGUUUCUUUUCUGGUCCCAGUGUGGGGAACAUUUACAUCUCCCUCUUAUGGUCAUAUGAGGAUAUGCACUUUUAUUCUCCCAUCCACUGCUCAGGAUGCUCUGUAGUGAGCAUGGUGUAUGGGUUUGUAGCCAAGAUCACGUGUUGGACUUUUGCCUUUAGGACGAUCAUAUUUGGAGACUUCUGGUUGAUGGGGAGUUGUGUCCAGGAAAGACUUGGUCCCUCUGAGCCCUGGAACACUGCUUAGACUUCUGCAAGUUGAUGCAUAGUGCAGCAGUUGGGUCUGAGAUGGAGGCCAUGUGGGGCCCUACAGUGCUGUCCAGCCUGCGGUCCCUUCUCAGGGAUCCGUGGAUUAGCUGUAGGGACCAGGGAAUACCUUGUUCUUGUUGAUGGCAGCGGGGCAGUAGGCUACUGCCCACUGGCUUUGUAGCUGCCUCUGCUCCGGUUGUGCUCCUGGGCUUUUGUAUCGUGUUGCCUGCUGUGACUGAGUCAUCCCGCAGCAGGUGGCGACACGAGAACCAUUAAUAAAGUACCCACUGGGCUGGUGGUGA